AUAGCCUGCCUAUUGUCGGCCUUACAGGCUAAUAAUAAAUAGGCCUAAUAAAAUGAAUAAUGAAAUAAUAAUAUAACCCAUAACAUUAUAAAUAAUAAUAAUAAUAAUAGCCUAAUAAUAAUAAUAAUUGGCCUAAUAAACACAAUGGCGGGAUUCCAUUCCAGGCGCGAGACUCACUAGGCGGCAAAAUAGAUAAAGGCAUUGUUAAAAGGUAGGCUAAUAACGGUCAGUCUCGCGGAUCAUCAUCAGGAAAGAUGGCGAAAAAUUCAUUUAUGUGGACUGAUGACGAAGUGGAAUUGCUGCUGUCAGUGACACUGCAAUACAAAUGCGAAAAAACUGAAGAGGGCACUGACUGGGAGACAGUGCACUCAAAAUACCCAGACAUAUUGCAGGUAUUUCUGGAGAAAUAUCCAGGAGAAGAGGAGGCCGCGAGGAUGGGGAAAGAAUUCCCACACCCUAAGGACAGCAUGAACAAGCAAAUUAUCAUCACGAAAUUGAAAGCCAUCAGGGCGAAGUAUCGGGAUGCGGUUAAUUCCGGGAGGAAGAGUGGUCAUGGGCGAGUGGUGUUGUUUUUUUAUGAGUUAUGCCAUGAAAUAUGGGGAGGCUCGCCGGCAACACAGAGUAUUGAAAUGGGUCUUGAGUCCAGUGACAUAAAUGCUGCCGUGAGUGAUGUGGUGGAGACAUCGGGUCAAGAGGACGACACAUCCGAGGCAGAAGCCAAUGUCCAUCAGCGACGGAAUUUGCUGCAGGCAAAACUGAAAGGUUACAAACAUGACAAGCUAAAAAGGAGAUGCCCCGAAAACAAUGACGAGGACAUGGAGCUGAAGAGACGAAUGGUCAAUCUGAUGGAGAAGACACAGUCUGCCAAUAUGGACUGCAUGAAUAAAAUAUCUGCCAACAUUGGCCAGCUCACCUCUUCAAUCACAGAAGGGUUUUCUCUCCUGAGACAAGCUAUGCCACCUCCCAUGCAACAUCCCAUGCGUACCCAUUUGCGAUCACCAACCAUUGCACACUUCCCUCAUACCUCAUACUUCCAAACACCACCCACUUUACAUAUGCAACCACACACACCACCCCACUCAACACCUUCAAUGUCAACAGGAUCACAGUUCUCUUAUGUGCGGUCCUUGAAUUCUGAUGAUAUCGACCUAGUUUGA